UAAACGAUACUCCGUUGGCAAAAUGAGUGACAACACUGAAGACGUUUUCGACGAUAUUUUGGAAAAGAUAGCUGGGGAUCUCUACGGGGAUCUAGUCGUCGCUAAUUUAGGAAAGAAACUAGGAUUUAAACCUGCAGCUUGCGGUCGGUUCAAUGAUGAAAACGCGCGACAAGGGGGCUCACACAUGGGCACUCUGAAUAUGCUUCGAAAAUGGCGUCAAGGGCAAAUAAAGAGUGAGCAAAGGGAAAAUCUGAAAGCUGCCCUGGACAAAGCUGGCCAUAAAGAAAUGGCGGAUGAAUACUUGUCUGCUAAUGAUGUGGAGCAACAAGCAAGUCACGCAUCGGCUGCUUCAACGGUGCAAGGUGCAAGCUCCCAGUCUUCCCAGGGAGAGGAAGGCCACGAUGAAGUUGAGCCUGACGGGAAAGGUUACUACAAGCAGACGAUGAAGCAAGCCAUCCCUUCUCAAGAGCAGCUGGAUGAAAAAGAGAAUUACAAAAUGGAUGUUUCCACAAAGGGUCACAUGUUCAUUUUAAACAUGAGUAAAGACAGAACGGGAUCAGAAGUUGACGUUCGAAAUAUUGUGCACGUGUUCGGGGAAAUAGGUUUCGAGAUUGAAACCCAUUCGGAUUUGACUGCUGAGCAACUUAAAGAAAAGCUAGGGAUGUUCAUGAAGUCUCCUUGCCAUAACGGCAUGUGCUCUGCUGUGUUCAUGCUCAUGGGACAUGGCAACGAGACAGGGAUUGAAUGCAAGCAUAAACAAAUAGUAUCUUUGGAGAUCAUCAUGAAACAGAUUCGUGGGAUAAAUUCCAUGAUUGGAAAGCCCAAGAUGAUUUUCUUCCAAUGUUGCCGUGGAGAAGGCACAGGAAAAAUGGAAGAAACGGAUCAGGUUGAGACCGAUGAGGCAAUAGCAGCCAAAUCCGACGUUCUCAUGGUCCAUGCUACAACAUACGGAAACAAAGCCUAUAGAGACAGAGGCAAGGGUUCGUGGUUCAUUCAGAAGCUAUGUGAGGAACUCCUUGCGAAUGCACAUGCCAGUGAUUUGUCUACCAUGUUAGAUCGGGUAACGGAACAAGUUGGGAAGAUGGGCUCUAAAAAUAAAGGUCAAUGUGUAGUGGUCACUAAACAAGGGAUCAGGAAGAAGAUAUAUUUUCUUCCUAAAUACCCCCAGCAAAGAAUGCAGAUUCCAGCAGAAGAGUGUUGAAUAAGGAAGGAAUGUUUCACUUUUAAAUUUUCUUGUUUGUAUAAAAGCAUGACAUUUGGCAUGUAGAAAGAGUUUUGAUACUGCGUCCCUUUGUUGUUUAAUACGGUGCCGCAAGAUAUUUUUUUUAUUCGUAACCAAUGGCAUGAAAUAAUAUUGUAGAUUUAAAUUGUGUCAAAUUUGGGCAAGUCCUUUAGGUGCCCAUUUAUAUCAAUAUUUUGUACAUAAAAAUAUAAUGAAAAUACUGAACAGUAAUAAUGAUAACGAUAAUAAAUACUUAAAAGGCGCACCUAUCUACUAACUUACUCAAGGCGCUAUACAAAAAAAAAUACAUGAAAUACACAAAUCUCCCUCUAAAAUUUUAACAGCAUAAUAUCUUUAGCAACUCUGAGUAAAUAAAACCGUUUUAACAUGUUUCUGAAAGGUUUCUAGGCAUUGAAUGUUUCGAAUAGCACUUGGGAGCUUGUUCCAGAAGACUGGUGCAAAAUGCACAAAUUCACGGCAACGAGUAUUUUUAUUUUCAUUCUCGUCGGUCAAACUUGAAAUAUUUUAAAUCAACUCAAGAUGUGGCACAGAAGAUCCAAAUAUCCCCCAAACUAAAUAAAAAAAAAGAGAAAAUGUCCACAAUUUAUGUAUUUCCCUUGUAUAGGGUUUAUUUUAAAAAUAUUUUUUUUAAAGAAAUGCACAUUCAAAAUUGCAUCCAAUUUGAAUUCCUGCAGAAUUGUUAAACAGGCUUUUGCAUCGGAUAUUGUUUGCGUUUUUGCAUUAAACAUCGAAGGUGGUAGUAAAGAGUUAACAUGCUGAAGGAGUAUGGCUGUACUGUAUCUUCUUUGAUCGUUGCUUCCGAUAUCGCAUUUCAUUCGAAUGUUAAAAUAUUAGGAUGUUAAGGAUGUACCUUCAACGCAUUGUUUUUUUUAAUAUAGCCGAGGAGGUAAAAAACAAGAAAAUGCUGUGCUAAGAUAUGUAUUUGUUUGGAAUAUGAUUAUUGCAUACUUUAGAAUAAAAACAUAUACAAAAUAAGUUUUUUGAUAUGCUUCAUCAUGAUAAUCAGGUAUUUCGUUCAUCUAUAGUUCUACAGUGAGAAAUAUUAUAUUUUACACUGACCUGUGUUGUAACCUAAGAUGUAUAGCAUACAGAUUUCUAUCUUUAUACUAAGAUAUAAUCAUCAAUACUCAGUGUAAACUUUUCAAGCAAAUAGCCACAUCUCAAAUCAGACCGAGGCCAUUUAUUAUGUGACGACCGUCUUCAAAUAUUAUGAAGCAUUAUGUAAUCUCCAAAAGAGUUACAUUUAAGCCGUAAACAAUUUGACCUCGUUGAGAAUCUUGAUGAUAAGCAAAUGGAAUUAAUGAAUAUAAAAUACAAUUGUUAUUCCGUCUGCCAUCGCAUGGGCUAUCACAACGUGAGCUUGUCAUAUAAAGUCGAUUUCUAAAUUGUGGUCUACAAUUCAGAAAGUGAAAUGAAAGAUUAGAAAAGCUUAUCUUCAACCGAUAAUUUCUUUUGGGCCUUUGGGCCCUUUAUUUGUUGUCAUAUUGGGCACCUUUGUAACACAUUUUGUUGAUUUCAAGUACAUGUUGUUUGACUGAUCAUGAUUGGAACCAUGUUAAUCAAAUUCAUCAAAUCAGUGUGUAUCUGAUAUUUGAAUAGGCCCUUUAUUUACAAAAGAAUGCCCAACCAAAGUGCUGGUUCGAAUUCGUUGAGGUCCUGAAAUGUUGUAUAAUAAGUAACAUAUUAAAACGAAAAUAAA